AUGCUUGUUUUUGGUGAUGCCUUCGCUCCGUUUGAUCGUGCUUCAGCUCUGGCUUCCCAAGCCGUGUCCCAGCUGGUGGAUGAUCAGGGAUCAACCAAUGUGGUUUACCAAGCCCAUCAUGUCAGCAGGAGUAAGAGAGGACAAGUCGUCGGUACCAGGGGUGGAUUUCGAGGCUGCACGGUUUGGCUAACAGGCCUUUCUGGAGCUGGCAAGACAACCAUCGGCUUUGCUCUGGAAGAGUACUUGGUCUCUCAUGGCAUCCCCUGCUAUUCCCUGGAUGGCGAUAAUGUUCGGCAUGGCUUGAAUAAAAACCUGGGUUUCUCGGCUGGGGACCGCGAGGAAAACAUCCGCCGCAUCGCAGAGGUGGCCAGGCUGUUCGCCGACGCUGGGCUCGUCUGCAUAACUAGUUUCAUUUCUCCUUUCGCAAAGGAUCGUCAAAAUGCACGGAAAAUUCAUGAGGCAGCUGGACUUCCUUUCUUUGAGAUCUUUGUAGAUGCUCCUCUAAAUAUUUGUGAAAGCAGAGAUGUGAAGGGCCUGUACAAAAAGGCAAGAGCUGGAGAGAUCAAAGGAUUCACGGGGAUUGACUCAGAGUAUGAGAAGCCCGAAUCUCCUGAACUAGUGUUGAAAACGAAUGUUGCGUCGGUGUCUGAAUGUAUUCAGCAGGUUGUGGAGCUCCUCCAAACACAAAACAUCGUGCCCCACUGCUCGAUUAAGGAUGUUCUUGAGCUGUUUGUACCUGAAAAUAAACUCGAUAGUGUCCGAGCUGAAGCAGAGAUGCUGCCAUCCGUAGAGAUCACUAAGCUGGAUCUGCAGUGGGUGCAGGUGCUGAGCGAAGGCUGGGCCACUCCGCUGACCGGCUUCAUGCGCGAGGCGGAGUACUUGCAAGUGAUCCAUUUUGGCACCCUGCUGAAUGGAAGGAAUCGCUCUGUAGCUGACGGUGUUGUCAACCUGAGCAUCCCCAUCGUGCUGCCGAUCUCCACGGAGGACAAGGAGCGGCUGGAGGGCUGCGAGGCGCUGGCGCUCAGCUACGGGGGGCGCAGGGUGGCAAUCCUGAGGAGCCCCGAGUACUUCGAGCACAGGAAGGAGGAGCGCUGCGCCCGCGUCUGGGGCACCACCUGCGCCAAGCACCCGCACGUCAAAAUGGUGAUGGAGAGCGGAGACUGGCUGGUUGGUGGAGACCUCCUCGUGCUGGAGAAGAUCAAAUGGAACGACGGGCUGGACCAGUACCGCCUGACACCGCUCACUCUCAAGCAGAAGUUCCGAGAAAUGAACGCUGAUGCUGUCUUUGCAUUUCAGCUGCGCAACCCCGUCCACAACGGGCACGCCCUGCUCAUGCAGGACACACGGCGGCAGCUUUUGGAGAGGGGUUACAAAAACCCUGUGCUCCUUCUGCACCCCCUGGGAGGAUGGACCAAAGAUGACGAUGUCCCACUGGAGUGGCGGAUGAAGCAGCACGCAGCGGUGCUGGAGGAGCAAGUCCUGGACCCCAAGUCGACCAUCAUUGCCAUCUUCCCCUCUCCCAUGCUCUACGCCGGCCCCACGGAGGUGCAGUGGCACUGCCGAGCUCGCAUGAUUGCCGGGGCCAAUUUCUACAUUGUGGGGCGCGACCCUGCAGGCAUGCCUCACCCUGAGACCAAGAAGGACCUCUACGAGCCCACGCAGGGAGGGAAGGUCCUCAGCAUGGCGCCGGGCCUGACCUCGGUGGAAAUCAUCCCCUUCCGGGUGGCUGCUUACAAUAAACUGAAAAGGGCCAUGGAUUUUUAUGACCCAAAAAGGCACAACGAUUUUGACUUCAUCUCGGGAACACGCAUGAGGAAGCUUGCUCGUGAAGGUGAAAACCCACCAGACGGCUUCAUGGCCCCCAGAGCUUGGAAAGUCCUAACCGAGUACUACCAGUCGCUGGAAAAAAAGAAUUAACACUACUCCUCCUCCCUAGAAAUGCUUGUAUUAAGAGUGAGCAAUGAGUGAUUGAUUCCCUAUGACACAGAUCAGUUACUUGGCAUUUCCAAUGCUCUGACUGUAGAAUUUUCCUACCUGGGUCAGAGUGUUUUUUACUAAUCAGA